AUGGCAAGUGUUGAAAAGAUCCACAAGACACAAAGGGCAGAAGGUCCAGCUACAGUCUUGGCAAUAGGAACAGCCACUCCUCCCAAUUGUGUCGAACAAAGUACUUUUUCUGAUUAUUAUUUUCGUGUCACAAAGAGUGAGCAUAAAACAGAGCUCAAAGAAAAGUUUGAUCGCAUAUGCAAAAACUCAAACAUUAAGAAGCGAUACAUGGCUUUGACAGAAGAGAUGCUGAAGGAGCAUCCCAACAUUGGUGAACACACAGCACCUUCAUUGAAUGCAAGGCAAGACUUGGUGCUGAUGGAAGUUCCGAGGCUAGGAAAAGAGGCAGCAACCAAGGCCAUCAAAGAAUGGGGUCAACCCAUGUCUGAAAUAACUCACCUCAUAUUCUGCACAUCAAGUGGUAAUGACAUGCCUGGUGCUGACUUUCAACUCACUAAACUCUUAGGGCUUAACCUUAACGUGAAGCGUUAUAUGAUAUAUCAACAAGGAUGUUAUGCUGGUGGAACCGCCCUUCGUUUGGCCAAAGACUUGGCUGAAAAUAACAAAGGUGCUCGUGUGUUAGUAGUUUGCUCAGAAAACAUAUCAAUCGCUUUUCGUGGUCCAAGUGAAAAUCAUAUUGAUAACCUUGUGGGACAGUCACUCUUUGGAGAUGGUGCUGCAGCUGCUAUUGUUGGUUCAGACAUAAUACCAAAUAUUGAGAAACCUUUGUUUCAAUUAGUGUGGACUUCACAAACCAUAGUGCCAAAUACUGAAGAGGCUGUGGCAUUACACCUUCGUGAAGAUGGUUUGUCAUUUCAUGUUCUCAAGGAUGUUCCUCACCUUAUUGCAAACAACCUCGAUGAUGUUUUAGUUGAGGCCCUUCAGUCCUUAAACAUAUCUGAUUAUAACUCCAUGUUUUGGGUAGUGCAUCCUGGUGGACGAGCCAUUCUGGAUCUAAUUGAAGAAAAGUUGGGUUUGAAGCCAGAAAAACUGCGAGCCAGUAGACACAUUCUCAGCGAGUAUGGUAAUACAGUGAGUGCUUGUUCGUUUUUCAUAAUGGAUGAAAUAAGGAAGAAGUCGAAAGCAACUAAACUUUCAACAACUGGAGAAGGUUUUGAGUGGGGUGUGCUCUUUGGUUUUGGGCCUGGACUCACUAUUGAGACUGUUGUGCUUCGUAGUGUGUUGCUCUAA